CCUCCUCGGUCGUUCGUUCGUUCCGUACUUCUGGCGUUACCUUUCCCGGGCGGCUUCACGAAUGGUGGAUUGACGCGGGCCUCUCUACGAGGGUAGUCAUUUUUUUCACGCUCGAUUCACGAUCCCCUCGUCGAGCCGGAGAGAGAACAUCGUCAAAGACGUCUCCUGGUUCUCCGGCUACGACAUCAUGGUCACGGACAGUACGAAUCAGGCUGACGAUACAACCGCAUUUCUUCGCGCAGCUCGAUCUGGAAACCUCGAAAAAGUCAUCGAAUAUCUAGACACUGAUUUAGAUAUCAAUACAGCUAACUCGAACGGUCUAAACGCUUUGCAUUUAGCAUCGAAAGAUGGACACGUUGAGAUAGUGACGGAACUUUUGAAAAGGGGUGCAAAGGUCGACGCUGCGACAAAGAAAGGCAAUACCGCAUUGCACAUAGCAUCUUUAGCUGGUCAAGCGGAAAUAGUUAGUAUUCUUAUUCAAUAUGGUGCUGCGGUUAAUAUUCAAUCGCAAAAUGGAUUCACACCAUUAUAUAUGGCGGCCCAAGAGAAUCACGAUCAGGUCGUCAAGCUGUUGCUUAGCAAUGGAGCCAAUCAAAGCCUCGCUACGGAGGAUGGAUUCACCCCCCUUGCUGUUGCUAUGCAGCAAGGCCACGACAAAGUCGUCAGUGUACUUUUGGAAAACGAUUCGAAAGGAAAAGUUAGGCUACCGGCGCUUCAUAUCGCCGCUAAAAAGGACGAUUGUAAAGCCGCCGAUUUACUUUUGCAGAACGACCACAAGCCGGAUGUCACGUCUAAGAGUGGCUUCACGCCUCUCCACAUUGCUGCUCAUUAUGGAAACGAGGAGAUAGCACGUUUGUUAAUUAAACGUGGUGCUGAUGUGAACUAUUUGGCAAAACACAAUAUCAGUCCUCUCCAUGUAGCAGCGAAAUGGGGCAAAAAUAACAUGGUAAAAAUCCUGUUAGAAAACUCGGCACAAAUAGAUGCAAAAACUAGAGAUGGUUUAACUCCAUUACAUUGUGCUGCACGAUCUGGACAUGAGGAAGUUGUUAAUACUCUCCUUGAGAACUCAGCACCAAUCAGUGCACGUACAAAGAAUGGUUUAGCACCCUUGCAUAUGGCCUCUCAAGGAGAUCACGUGGAUGCUGCUAGAGCAUUACUCUAUCAUCGUGCACCAGUGGACGAAGUAACGAUCGAUUAUUUAACUUCGCUACAUGUAGCCGCACACUGCGGCCACGUUAGAGUCGCGAAAUUGCUUUUGGAUAGAAAGGCGGAUCCAAAUGCACGAGCUUUAAACGGUUUUACGCCUUUGCACAUCGCUUGCAAGAAGAAUCGUAUAAAGGUCGUCGAGUUGUUGCUGAAACAUGGCGCAUCGAUCGAGUCUACGACAGAGUCCGGACUGACUCCCUUACACGUGGCCAGUUUUAUGGGAUGCAUGAAUAUCGUGAUAUUCCUACUACAACACGAAGCCAAUCCCGACGUGCCAACUGUUAGGGGAGAAACACCCCUACACCUGGCAGCUAGAGCUAAUCAAACCGAUAUUAUUCGAAUUUUAUUAAGAAAUGGAGCCAAAGUCGAUGCACGUGCUAGGGAACAACAAACACCGUUGCACAUCGCAUCCAGAUUGGGUAACAUCGAUAUAGUUAUGUUACUCUUGCAACACGGUGCAGCCGUUGACACAACAACGAAAGAUAUGCACACGGCAUUGCACAUUGCAGCAAAGGAAGGUCAGGAGGAGGUGGCCGCUAUUCUAGUGGAGAAUAAUGCUUCGGUAAAAGCCACAACGAAAAAUGGUUUUACGCCGCUCCACAUAGCGGCCAAAUAUGGCAAUAUGAACGUGGCAAAGAUCCUUCUACAAAAGGACAGCAAGCUUGAUGCUCAAGGAAAGAACGACAUUACACCACUGCAUUUGGCUUGUCAUUACGAUCACCCAAAUGUCGCGAAUCUUCUAUUAGAGAAAGGUGCUUCACCCCAUCUUGCAUCACAGAAUGGACAUACUCCGUUACACAUCGCUGCUCGUAAAAAUCAGAUGGACAUUGCUUCUACUCUGUUGGAAGGCGGAGCGAACGCAAAUGCCGAAUCUAAGGCAGGAUUCACGCCUUUACAUUUGAGCUCACAAAAGGGUCAUUACGAUAUGACGAAUUUACUUAUUGAGCAUGGAGCUGAUCCAAACCAUAAAGCUAAGAAUGGUCUAACAGCGUUGCACCUCUGUGCUCAAGAAGAUUUCGUCAGAGUCGCUUCUAUUCUUGUAAAAAAUGAUGCCAAUGUCGAAAGUCAAACCGAGACUGGUUAUCGACCAAUUCACGUUGCCGCACAUUUUGGAAAUCUCUCGAUGAUACGAUUUCUAUUAAAACACAAUGCUGAGAUCGACGUAAGAACGGCUCAAAAUUACACGCCUCUUCAUCAAGCCGCGCAACAGGGUCACGCUCAUGUUGUUAGUGCUCUAUUAGAAGGGAAUGCUUCGCACAAAGCUCGUACAAACGAUGGCUUGACUGCUUUAAAUAUUGCUCAAAAGUUAGGGUAUAUAUCAGUGAUGGAAGUAUUGAAAGGAAUGCCUUACGAUAAUUUAGUUCCGGAUAAUAAAAAUUGGGAAGAAAAGUACAAAGUUAUAGCACCAGAGAGUUUGCAAGAAACGAGUCUCAUGUCCGAUUCGGAUGACGAGGGUGCUUCGGAUGCAUUGAUUAGCGAGCAACCAUACAAAUAUCUUACCGCGGAUUUAAUGAAGAGCCUACGAGAUGAUUCCUUACCAAUCGAUGUAACGAAGGACGACCCAAUACACAGACAAGUUACAAAAGAAGAAAAACAGGAAUUCACCCAAAGCAAUAAUUACUGUCUGGCAGAAAACUUUGACAGUAAUGAUGCAUUGAAUUUGGGGAGACUUCACUUCCGAUCAUUUUUAGUGAGUUUCCUCGUGGAUGCACGAGGUGGUGCAAUGAAGGGUUGCAGGCACAGUGGUGUACGAAUAAUUGUUCCACCCCGUAGAGCAACGAUGCCGUUACGGGUAACGUGUAGAUUAGUAAAACCUAGUAAAGUAGCUAAUCCACCGCCUCUAAUGGAAGGUGAAGCUUUAGCAACUCGAAUUAUAGAGAUGGGUCCAGUUGGAGCAAACUUUUUAGGGCCAGUAUUGAUAGACAUACCACAUUUUGCAUCGAUCCGUGGCAAAGAAAGAGAAAUUAUUAUUCUUAGGAGUGAAAAUGGAGAAACAUGGAAGGAACAUGAUAAUUCCGUUGAUAAUGACGAUACUUUGCUUAAUACACCACAUGAUCCCCAAAUGAAUGCAGCCCAUUCCGGCAGAAUAACUCGUAUAAUAACGAGUGACUUUCCUCAAUAUUUCGCGAUAGUGACUAGAAUCAAACAAGAAGUACACGUAAUAGGAGCCGAAGGUGGAAUUUUAAUGUCCAGUGUAGCAAACGACGUUCAAGCUGUAUUUCCACCUGGUGCUCUGACGAAAAAAAUUAAAGUUGGCUUACAAGCACACGUCAUCCCUGCGGAGCUUACAGCCAAACUUUUAGGUAACUGUGUUGCUGUAUCACCAGUCAUUACAAUUGAGCCCAGGAGAAGAAAGUUUCACAAGCCGAUUACCUUGACAAUACCCGUACCACAAGCUGCAAACAAAGGAAUGAUCAAUCAAUACGGAGGCGAAACACCAACUUUACGAUUGCUUUGCAGCAUCGCUGGUGGUACCAGUGAAGCUCAAUGGGAAGAUGUUACUGGUUCAACGCCAUUGACGUUCAUGAACGACCGUGUGUCCUUUACAACUACAGUUUCAGCUAGGUUUUGGCUGAUGGAUUGUAGGAAUAUUAGCGAAGUUCCAAAAAUGGCGACGGAACUAUAUAAAGAAUCUUUGUUUGUACCUUACAUUACAAAUUUCGUGAUAUAUUCAAAACGAAUGGAUACUCUCGAAGCUACAUUAAGGAUAUUGUGCAUGACUGAUGGCAAGGAAGGAAUGCACACAUUGGAAAGACAAGAAGAGUUCUUAGAGAUUGUAAAGAGUCGUGAUGUCGAGGCUCUACAUGGAAAAGAUCUUUACAUCGAAUUCAGCGGAAACCUAAUACCAGUUACAAAAUCAGGAGUACAAUUAAAGUUUACUUUUAAAGCUUUCCGUCAGAAUCGUCUAUCGUUUCACGUUAAAGUAAGAGAUCCACUUUUGGAUCCUGUAGCAAGAAUGUUGUUUAUGCGCGAGCCCAAAGUUGCAAAGGGUGAACCACCACAGCAACCAAUUUGUGUACUGAAUAUCGUCUUACCUGAGGUUACGAGCAAAAUUGAAAUUCAGAAGAAACUAACAGCAGUGUACGAAGAUUCGAAUAUCAUAAGUCAAAAAAUGGACUCUUACAAAUCAAAAUACGGUAUGGAACAGAAGGAGAAGGGAGACCAGCCAAAAGACACGUCACCUUCAGAGGAAAAAUUCAUUGCCGAUACUCUACAGAAAGAACAAACAGAUGCCGCUACUAUCCACGAAUCCUUUGCACAAAAAGCGGCUUGUCCCCUAGAAUCCGUAGAUGCUAGUUAUCCCAAUAAAGUAGCCGGCCAACAAGAGCACGAUCUUUCGCCUAGCGUCGAAAAGCAAACAUAUUCGGAGAAGCGAAAAUUUUGGGAGGAUAUAUCAAAGAAGAGAGAGAGUUAUCAACGUUCCGAAUCCGAGGUAUCAAGGACCUCACAAUUGACGGUGAACGAGAGUGACAGUGAGUAUAUGCAAAAUGUCGUAUCGGAGGAAGAGAUAACUGAGGUAACAUCUGUUGGCUCGGAUACUAUGGAAAAUGUUAAUAUCCCUGAUAUUUCGGAAUGUUCCGUGGCAGAGAAGGCACAUUAUUUUGAGGAACAAAUACAAAAGGAAUUGAGUAAGGUACCGGCUAAAUUGCAACAGCAGGAUUCUGUGAAACUUGAAAAAGAUAAAAGUGUUAAGGUUAAACGAACAGAAAAGUCUAUUGAUGUUGGCCAAGUGGAAACGAUGAGAGAUGUGGAACACGAGGGGAAAGAAUUAAAGUCGAGUCAUGUAGAAGAGAAGGAUAAGGACGAAAGUGAUAAGUUAAGGAAGGAAGACUUCAAAGGUGAAGAGAUUAUAUAUAAGGAAAGGAUCGAUGAGUUUGUUAGGAAGGAAUAUCAGGAGAAAUUAGUUGUCGGUUUGGAAAAAAAGGUUGAGCUGCACCGAGAAGUAAGGGAUAUAGAGGACAAGAAAGAAGAUGAAAGGAAAGAAUCCGAACUAAAGAAGAAAAAGGAAGAAGAGGAAAUUAAGAAGAAGGCAGCUGAACUACAGAAAAAGCUAGAGGAAGAAGAAGCAAAGAGGAAAGAGACUGAAGUGAAGAAGAAACAAGAAGAAGAGGAAGCAAAGAGAAAAGAAGCCGAACUAAAGAAGAAACAAGAAGAAGAAGAAGCAAGAAGGAAAGAGGCUGAAUUGAAAAAGAAAAAAGAGGAAGAAGAAGCGAAGAAGAAAGAAGCCGAACUAAAGAAGAAACAAGAAGAAGAAGAAGCAAAAAGGAAAGAGGCUGAAUUGAAAAAGAAAAAAGAGGAAGAAGAAGCGAAGAAGAAAGAAGCCGAACUAAAGAAGAAACAAGAAGAAGAAGAAGCAAAAAGGAAAGAGGCUGAAUUAAAAAAGAAAAAAGAGGAAGAAGAAGCGAAGAAGAAAGAAGCCGAACUAAAGAAGAAACAAGAAGAAGAAGAAGCAAAAAGGAAAGAGGCUGAAUUGAAAAAGAAAAAAGAGGAAGAAGAAGCGAAGAAGAAAGAAGCCGAACUAAAGAAGAAACAAGAAGAAGAAGAAGAAGCAAGAAGGAAAGAGGCUGAAUUGAAAAAGAAAAAAGAGGAAGAGGAAGCGAAAAGAAAACAAGCUGAAUUGAAGAAGAAGAAGGAAGAAGAAGAAGCAAAGAAGAAGAAGGAAGAAGAAGAAGCAAAGAAGAAGAAGGAAGAAGAAGAAGCAAAGAGGAAGAAGGAAGAAGAAGAAGCAAAGAAGAAGAAGGAAGAAGAAGAGGCAAAGAAGAAAGAAGAAGAAGCAAAGAGGAAGAAGGAAGAAGAAGAGGCAAAGAAGAAAGAAGAAGAAGCAAAGAAAAAGAAGGAAGAAGAAGAAGCAAAGAAAAAGAAGGAAGAAGAAGAAGCAAAGAAGAAGAAGGAAGAAGAAGAAGCAAAGAAGAAGAAGGAAGAAGAAGAAGCAAAGAAGAAGGAAGAAGAAGAAGCUAAGAGAAAAGAGGCUGAAUUGAAGAAGAAAAAGGAAGAAGAAGAGGCAAAGAAGAAAGAAGAAGAAGCAAAGAAAAAGAAGGAAGAAGAAGAAGCAAAGAAGAAGAAGGAAGAAGAAGAAGCAAAGAAGAUGAAGGAAGAAGAAGCAAAGAAGAAGAAGGAAGAAGAAGAAGCAAAGAAGAAGGAAGAAGAAGAAGCAAAGAAGAAGAAGGAAGAAGAAGAAGCUAACAGGAAAGAAGCUGAAUUGAAGAAGAAAAAAGAAGAGGAAGAAAUUAAAAGAAAAGAGAUCGAACUAAAGAAGAAACAAGAGGAAGAGGAAGCAAAGAGGAAAAAAGAGGAAGAAGAAGCAAAGAGAAGAAAAGAGGAAGAAGAAGCAAAGAAAAAAAAACUAGAAGAAGAAGCAAAAAGGAUCAAAGAAGAGGAAGAAACUAAGAGGAAAGAGGCUGAACUAAAGAAGAAACAAGAGGAAGAGGAAGCAAAGAGGAGAAAAGAAGAAGAAGAAGAGGCAAAGAAAAAAAAACAAGAAGAAGAAGUAAAAAAGAAAAGAGAAGAGGAAGAAACUAAGAGGAAAGAGGUCGAACUAAUGAAGAAACAAGAGGAAGAGGAAGCAAAGAGGAGAAAAGAAGAAGAAGCCAAAAUGAAAAAAGAAGAGGAAGAAGCAAAGAAGAAAGAAGCGGAACUAAAGAAGAAAGAAGAAGAAGAAAAAGUAAAGAAAAAAGAAACUGAAUUGAAAAAGAAACAAGAGGAAGAGGAAGCAAAGAAGAAAGAGACUGAUCUGAAGAAGAAACAAGAGGAAGAGGCGAAGAAAAGUGAAUCAAAGAGGAAAGAAGAAAUGGAACUUCAAAAAGAAGCAUAUGAGGAAUUGGAAAAACACGUCGAAAAAGCUACAUUGGUACAAAUUUUACCAGAACAAUUGGAGAGGUCGAUCGAGGAAGCUAGGGAAAUACAUCAGAAAGAAUUACCAGAGCAUAUAGACAGAAUCGUCGAAAAACACGAGUUGGAACUUCAAAAAGAAUAUUUAAUGGAACGUGGAGAAUCGUCGACGGAAUCGCCAAAGCACUCUAUGGAAAUUGCAGGUAAAGAAAGUGAAUUGAUGCAGAUACAUUCAAAACAGACGGAGCAUAAAGAAGAUAUUUCAAUGCAAGAUAAAGGUUUGGGCAAGGAUAUGUCAACUGGGAGACGUGUUAUAAAGGAAGAAACAACUAUAAUAUGGAAGGUUCAAGAAGAUGGAAGCUUAGUGCAAGAAAAAGUGACAAAGACCGUUCAGAUCGAAGGGGAUGAAGAUGUGCCUGUAACCACAGAAAUAAUGAAUGUUCCUGAAACUAGUUUAGAACCAAAAGUGCUAUACGAAGCACAUUAUACUGCUGCUGAUUUGGAGGAAAAGUUGAAGGAGGAUACUAAGAUCGAAAUAAGUAAAAAAGAUCAAGUUACUGCGUUUAUUCCGGAAGUACAAAAAGAAAAGACUGAAGAUUUAGAAAAAGAAAAAUUAGAGGAGGAUAAGAUUCCUCUUCAAAAGUCCACGAUAGAAAGUGAUAGUAAGCUAACGAAAAAAGAAUUUGAAUCGCGUAUACCGAUUUCGAUGGCUAAAGUUGAAAAAGAUAGAAAUCACAAAGAAUCGAGAAGCAAAACUUCGACAGAGUCGAAACGUUUGUUAGAGAAAUCAGAAAUCGAUAAAUCGAGCGCACCACAGGAAGAGCCUAGCAUCACAUCACCCGUGGAUAAGAAGAAAGAAUUUGAAUCUCGUAUUCCUAAACGUAUCAUAGAUACUUCUGCAACUAAAUCGUCUGAGAAAGAUAUUAAAAAGGGAUAUCACGUUAAGACGGAAACGGAAACUUGCACGGUGACCGAGAAGAAAUCCUCCAGCCAAGAAACAACUUCCAAGAGUGAAACUCAAACGUUUUCUAAAACUUUUACCGAUCCACAUAAAGCAUUUAAAUUGCUCGAGGAUAUGAGCGAGAAAGAUACAAUAAAACUAUCUAAAGUCGAUCAUAAAGCUUCCAGUAAGUUAGAAAAGAAAGAAGUUGUAUCUUCCGAAAUUUCUAAAGGCACGGACAAAUAUAUCGUGCACGAAGAAAAAGAACAAAUCGAGUGUAAGAAACUAUCGGAAUCCAAAAUGAAAAAGGAAUCGUCGACUGAAACUGUAGAAAAAGAGGAAAGUAAAAGCAAGAAAGUAGACGAAACGGCUGUUCAAAAGAUGUCGAUAAAUUUACAAGAUGGACAGGAAACGAUCGAUGCAAGCGCUUCGAAAAAUAGAGUCGAAGCCAAGAAGGAACAAUUAUCUAAAAAGCUUGAAGACAAGGAAGGUAUAAUGACUGAGGAGUCUGGAGUCAGUAGACUGAAGGAAAGUGAUAUCGAUAUAGCCGUUAGAAUACAUAAAGAGGAUGUUGAAAAAAAGAAAGUUGAAGACACGGGAGAACCUCCAGUGACAUCUAAAAUAUUCGAAGACUUAGGAAAAGUAGAAAUGGUAACUAAAGGAGAGUCGCAUAAAGAAACUGUUGAAAGUUUCGAUGCAAGACACUUUAUACCUAGCAGCAAAGUAGAAGAGAAGUUGGUAUCCGUUAAAAAAGAUGGAAAGCCAGAAGAAAAAGCUCAAGUCCUGAGCCAUGAAACUUUGGAAGAAAAACAACGACGUGCUGCAAAAGAAAUAGAGGCUAGGCAAAUAGUGGAGUGUCUUAUAGAAUCGAUCGAAAAUGAAAUAACAAAAAGAUCGUCUAUAACGGAAGAUCCGAAAGCUGCCAUCGUUGACAGUAAUUAUUUACAGCAAGUUAUUAAAGAAAGCGUGGAAACGGAUCAUGAAAAGUUAGCUGAUGAUUUAACGAAAAAAUUCGAAAGUAUUAUGAAGAGGACAAUGGACGAAGAAUUGGUAGAAUCUACAAAGGACACUGACUCUACCGCGGAAUCGGCAAAACUAAGAUCGUCUAUACACGAAGAAGAGAAAAGAUCUACCAGAGAUAGCAUGAGUAUAAGCGAGGAUAUAACGAAGGACGAAGAGUCUUCGCUUCACGAUAAAGACGAAAGCUUCCUUUUAUCUUCGUCACAGGCAAGAUUACCUGAGAGAGACAUCACAAUGAGUCCAAGUAGUAUAUCAGAUCAAAUAGAGUUGGAAGAAACGAUGGACGUUGAUACGAAUGAACUUGAAGACAUUACCAAGCCAACUUCGAGUCCACAAUCAGAAAAAUUACGUUCUGAUAGAUCUAGCGCGCAAGCUGAAUCGUUACAAAGAGAAUCAUACGAACCUCAAUACGAUAUCAGCUUGCCAAAGGAUAGAAUAUAUGACGUUUCUGGAGCUAGAGUAUUGGAGAUCGUUGAACCAGGUAUCGACAGUCAAUCGAGACAAGAUUCCGUCGAUGUGCCAUCUUUAGAAAUGGACGAAUAUAAAAUUUCUGAAGAUACAGGAAAAACUAUUUCAUCCCUGCACGAAAGUGCAGCCGUAGAUUCUUUGGAAAGGAUUGCCCAAGAACGUGAUAUGACCUUUAGCCCUAGUACAGUAUCGGAAGACAUUAACGUUGACUACUCCCUGGUACACGAACAGAUCCCUACGACAACAACGGAAAAAUACGAAGUCAGUGUAAAAAGAGCUGAUAGUUUUGAAAUCGAAAGUCCACCUCUUGUUUCACCAAGAUUAAAAAUAAGGCACGAUCUUGAAAUAAAGCCAGUCAAUUGGAUGAUCGGUGAUGAGAAAAUCGAAAUAUCUGAGACCCUACAACCUUCGCAGGUCUUCAAUCAAGAAUUAGAGGAAUAUGAGACAACUAUAAAGAAGCAAAGAUUAUCUUCCCAAAGCGAAUCAGCUGAUUUGGAACAAGAAUCUGCUACAAAAUCUUCAGAAGAUCCAAGUGUUAUAGAAUCUAUCAAGGAAUCUAUAACAACAGGAGAUACAACGGUGACCACAGUAAUUAAAACGAAAAAGUUUACCGUCAUCCCUGUCAGUGAUCAAGACAUAGAGAGUGAAUUAAUAGAAAAUAAAUUAGAAGUUAGCUGUCAAGAAUUAGUGGAUACUUUAAAACGUGAAUAUGAAGCUAAAACACCUACCGAAGAUUUAACUGUCAGUAUACGGCGACCUUUAUCCUUAGAAGAAGCAAAAAUAAAGUUAAGUGAAAUGAAACUAGUGGAAUCAAGUAAAAUCGAGACAACUACCGAUCAACUUGAAAUUUCUAGCGAAAAAGAAAGCAUUGACACUGCUAAAGAAAUUACGUCCGUCUCUGAAGAAAAAUCAGAAACUAAAGAAGAAGUUACGGAGCAAAUUGGGAAAGACGAAGAGAUGGGUGGAGAGCCAUUAACAGAGAAAUACGAGGAUGAUACAGUAAAGGAUACUACUAUGACCAAAAAUGGGCUUAGCUUGGAAAAGAUAGCAGAACCAUCGAAGGAAGAUGUAAAGCUUUUGGAAGACACCCAAACGCAAGAUAUUGCUGCUGGAGGAACAUUGGAGGAUGAUGUUGAUAAGGCUGUCCACGUGGACGAUCUCGCGAAAGAAUGGACGGAACCGAGCCUAACAAAAAUAAAAAUUUCUAGCGAUGACUAUAAAAGACACGUUGAGAAAGGUUUCGAAAAACGUGAGAAAGCAGCAAGAGCCAGCACGGUAACUUCUUCCGAUACAUGUGCCUUUAAACUAAAGAAAGACGAUCUUCCAGGUGUUGAUUUAAGCUCGCGAUAUGCAAUUACAGUUCUAGAUCAAGUAGUUAAGAAAGAAAUAGCGGAGGUGAAGGAGUCCUUAGAGGCCGCGAGGCAAGACUUGAUAGAAGAACUCAGUGAGAACAGUGAGACUGUAAUACAAAUCAAAGACUCGCCUUCUGAAUUUCAAUUCAAAUUACAACCAGAAUCUAUACCCAAUGAUUUACCCUUUUUAUACAGACCUCCAUCUUUGGAACAGAUCGCCGUAGAUAUCGAAGGUAUGAAGACGGAGUCGUUGAUAACGAGCGAGGAAAAGCCUGAUGAAUCGAAAAGAGAUGAGAAAGAAAUUCCAGCUACGGAAAGUGGAUCGGAAGAAAUCGAGCUCGAAGCAUCCGGCGACGAAAUGGACAAAGAAAAGGUAUGUAUGGAUAUUGAGAUGGAGCUAGACAAGUCUGAAACGGAAACUCUAUCUGCCGUCCAUGAAGAGAGUAAAGAAGACGACGAUACGCGUCCUAGUCCCGUACCAGCCAGCAGAUCAUGCUCAGACGUAGAGUACAAAGACGAGAGUUCCUCCUCCUUGCAUCCACCUCAACCAGUACCAAGGAGACGACAUAAACCUGCACGGGCAUCGAAAAAAGUUACUUCCGAAAGUGAGGUCGAUCCUGGUUCCAGUUCGGGCGAGAGUAGCAACUAUCAAUCUUGCGACUACGAAAUUGGCAGUGGAAGUAGACCAAGUUCUUCCGAUGUAGAAGCCCUCCAGUCCGCUACGAUGCCACCAUCGGGAACAACUUCCGAGUAUGAGACAGCGAUGAUGUCCGUUGAACACUCCACCACCUCAAGGCCAACUUCUCAAGAAUAUCAAACUGCCGUGAGUACAUUAAGUUCUCGCGAAUCUAUGAAAUCUUUAAGUUCGUUUAGUUCAGGCCAUCUUGGUAGUAUCGAUAGUACCAGCGAGUUAUCAGAAACAUUGGUAGCAUCUGAAGCGGAUGCUGACAAGGGCGAAGAACACGAAGAUUUGGAACGUGCGUUUGACGAAGAACAUGCCGAAUCCGAUUCCUCUGGAAGCGAUAUACCUAUGGACGAUGCGAUGGACAAAAUCGAUAGCAAUAUACCUUGUCGAAUGAAGCGAUCGUCGGAGAUGAUAUUUCAACAGAUCAUGGACGAUAACGCCGCUCUCGAUACGGAUUUAGAUGAGCCUAUUUUGGAGCAAGACACGAAGGGAGUCGAUUUUGCGACGUCUGCUUUUGUUGUAACACCUGGUGCCGUGCAAUCGGUAGAUAUAAUGACGGCUAGGGUUACGGAAGACGGCGUUCAAAGCGUAUCCACCCAGGUAAUCUCGACCCAAGUAACGACGUCAACAACUGAGAUACCUGCUGAAGAAACUACAUUGAAAACUACAGUGGGAACAGAAAUUGAUGAUAAACCAUCGGACGAGUCGCUCGAAAUGCUAAGUAUGGAACCAGAUUCUUUGGAACCGAAAUCUGGGAUAAGUGUCACAGCAGAUGAGAGUACUGAAACGGUGAUGCAAACAUCAGCGCGCUCGAUAAUACAGCAAGCAAGUAUGUCUACAUCUUCGACCUCCGGACUGUCUCUUGAUACAGUUAUAGAAAAAGCAAAAUCCGAACGAUCCGAAUCACCGGGUAGUGAUUCUUUUGAACUAGUCGAUAAGCCUGACAUUAUAGAUGACUUUGUUGUGAUCGAAGAAGUUGGACGUGAAGCAGAAGAAUUUGAUUCUGAAGGUAAAAGUAUACGUAUUACCGCAAUACCUCAAGUUAGUAGUAAGCAAUAUGAUCGAGACUUGGAGAACUUAAUUACGGAGAAUAAAGAAGACUCUCAAGUAUCCACGAGUCAAACCUCGCGGAACAAUGAAUUAUUCGACUUUGAAUCCGAAGAAAGUCCACCUCAAGCAUCCAACGACGAUCAAUAUUCUCAAUCUUAUUCAGACGAGGAACCGUACGAAACUGGUAAGAAAUGGAUUGAGAUGCAAUUUCAUGCGGACGCAAGAGUCUACGAUAUUGAAUACGAUCGUGGCCCCUUAGAAGAUAUCAAAGAAGAAGAGAUUACUGAUUUCGAGGCUGGUAGUAGUCGAUUUGGAAGUUUAGGAAGUCACAAAGAAUCAAUAGGAAGUGUUGGUAGCAUGCGUGGUAGUUUUGGUAGUACUCCGGAUUAUGAUGUUCUAGCUGGUAAAAAAUAUUUCACUAAACCUUCAGAUCACGAUACUGUAUCCCUCAGUUCGUUGCAGGAAUUCGAACAUCUGGAGAGUGCCGUAGCGGCAGAAAACUCGAAAAGAUUGCAAUGUGGUUCUCAAGAUUCUAUUAAUAAUGGGAGUCUUCCAAGAAGGUAUAUGACUGGUCGAUCUGGUCAUGGAGAUGAUAUUUCUCUGUCUUCGUUAAAAGAUUUUGAAGGUCUAGAAAGAGCUUGUCGAGAAGCUCACUUAAUUGAACUUCGUGCUAGGGAGGAAGAAGAUCUUUUAGAACACGAAAGUCCUGAAAAUAGAUACAAAAUGGAAAGUCUUCAACGUAAAUCGGAAAUUAGUGCUACGGGCUCGAUUAAUCCAAGCACUUCUGGCUCGGAUGACUAUGAGAAAAGAAUAAAGGAAAUUGAUGAGAUUAUACGUAUAGCUCAGUCUAACGUAGAGAGAUUAGACCGACAGGAUGAUACUACAGAAGAUAUUUCACAAAUAGAAAUUACGGAUAUUGAAAAAACUGGUUCAGAAGCUAUUGUACCAGUGGUAACAGAAGCCGAGGACAUCCAACGUGCCAAAGAUACAAAUAUCAUGGAGACAAGUACAGAUUCAUUAGAAUUGGAAGAUAAUGCGGAUAAAAAACAUCCCUUAUGUCAAAGUUCAGAUUCUUUAGAAAUGAAAACAACAUUAGAUUUCCCAUCUUUAAGUUCUGACUCAUUGAAUAAUGUCAGGGAUACCAGAGACGCUCAACUUGACGUAGCAGAACAAUUUAGCAAUGGAAGACGUAUGUCAUCAGACUCUUUGGACGUACCUAUUAUUGAACAACCUGAUAAUGAAAUACAAGAAGAAAGUAAUAAUCGUUCUGAAAGACCAGCAGUUGAUAAUUCUGUAGGACAAAGUUCGUCAACAGAAACAAAUAUUGCUAAACAAGAUACAACAAAAUUGCCACCAAGUAGUAAAACAUAAAAAAAAAUAUGAUCCAUAUAGAUAGAGGACUAUGAUGAUGAAUUUCACACGACUUCAUAAAUAUACUACAAAAUAAUUCAAGAAGCUUUACAUGUAAAACAUGAUAUCAAGAGUAAUAUACUACAGAACUUGUGCAUUGUGGAUAUAUAAAACAUUGUAUUUAUGUUUGUUUUUGUAGCAUCUUCUAAAAAUAUUUGUAUUAAUAUGCUUAAAUAAGAUAGUUACAAUAUUCAGAAUAUAAUGUUGUUGUGCAAAUGAGAUAGGAGAGUGAAAGAUGCUUGCUUGUUUAAUAUUAAAUAUGUAAUGACAUAUUAAUAAUUCAUAAUGUACUGUUUUUAAAAAAUGCUGAAUUGUUUUACGAAAAACUGUUUAAACUUUUGACAUAUGUUGCGUUUAUGAAUUUAUAUUUUACGUGCUACUUAUAUCUUUAUCUUGUAUUAUAGUAAGAGCGUAUCUAAAUGAUAAGUUAUAAAAAUGUCUUAAUUAUAUGAUAUUAUCAUAUAACUUUCUCUUCAAAAAUAUUUGAUAAAUUUUACAUAUCUUGCAAUUUAUAUUAUAAUUUGUAAAUUUUUGUGGGUUAUAAUAUAUUAUAACGCUAUUUUCUGUGAAUACUCAUAAGCAAGAAAAUACUUAAGAUUUAAAUAGGAAAUUUUAUAUGCAAAUGUAAUAUUUAGAAUUUACAAAAUUAGAUAUUACAAGAAUAGACAGAAAGCAUUUUUUAAAGGCCAGCAUAUAUAAUAGUAUAAAUCUUUUUGAAAGGAACAUUAUUAUUAUUAUUAUUAUUAUUAUUAUUAUUAUUAUUAUUGUUGUUGUUAUUCUAAUUAUAAUUAGUAUGAUUAUAAUUAUGAUUAUGAUUAUGAUUAUUAUGAUUAUUAUGAUUAUUAUUAUUACUAUUAUUAUUACCCAUUAGCAUGAAUUUAUUGAUUUACUUUAAACUUUUAUUCGUUUAGUUUAAAUCACUUGAAAUUUAAAAACCAUACAUUAUAUUUGCAUAUACAUUACCUAAAUAAUCUUUUCGAUCACUUUGAAGCUAUGUUCUUAUUAAUGAAAAAUAUAAAUCUAUGUACCACUUUAUACGAAGAAUUUUUAUACGUAACAAACCUUUUAUUAAAAUGAAUUUUAUGUUCAUUUCAUGUCUCUAAAGUGCUAUGUAAAUUUAUAUACUAUACAUAUAUUAUAUAUAAAACCAUAAGAUAUAUAUAUAUAUAUAAAUAUUUCACUUGAUUUGCAUUAACGAUGCUACAAACAUAACAGCAACAUUUGUGGAAAAAUAGGAAAAAUGAAGAGAAGUACGCCUAAUAUUAAAUAUUAACUAUUAAAAUUUGUCUCAUCUGAAAUUUCUUUUUUUUGUAAUAAUUUUAUGCUAAAUAUCAUAUCUACGUCUUACCAAUUAUUUCAUAUAAAACAAGUCAUGUUAACAAAUAUAAAAGAAGCAAAAAAAAAGAAAAUAUGUAAGAACUGAAAUAUGAGAUACAAACAAAAGAAAAUAGCUCUAACCUUGUACCACGUCCUUUUCCUUAUUGUCCUAUUUAAUUAAAUGCUAAUGCCUAACGGUUUUUAUCAAACGGCUUUUUGCUUAUUAUGAUAACAUACACGCAAUAAAAAAACAAUUAAUUUUAAAAAAUAAAUAGGAUUAUUAAAGUCGAUGGAGAACUACGUAACUUUGUACUGCAAUAUUUCACCCAGAUACGAUUUCGCGGGAUUUACCUUUAUUCAGACAAAGGCAACGUGAUUGCAAUGUUGCCAAUAUAGUUUUUUGUUUAUUUGACUGUGAUAAUUUAUAGUUAAUAUAUGUGUUAUUUAUGAAAUUAUUAAACUUAUUAAAAAUAAUAAUUGAAUAAAUGUUAAUAUUAUCGGAAAUAUUUCAUAAAUUUACUGUCAACAUCGUAAUGUUUUACUUUUUAGCAAAUUAAGGUGUUCCAGAUGACGCUAGUUGACAUCAUAAUUCACGCGCCAAAUUAUAAAUCAUUCUUAGAGACUUUCAUCUAUACAAACUUUUUUUAUAUUAAAAAGAACUGAUUAUUUGUAUUAAUAUCAUUUUCACGUGAAUUUAUUAUUUUCAAUACAUAUUAUUAUUUAUCAAUUAUUAAAACUUAUUUCGCCUUUAUUUAACUCAUAAAUUAAAUAAGUAACAAUGAUUUUUUAUUUCCUUUUGAUUAAAUGUAUCUUACAAAUUCAUAAUCGCAGAAAAUUUGCUUUCAUUUGAUUUACAACUUGAAAGAUCCAAAUAAAGCAAGAUAUCAUAUAAAUAUAAUAUAUCAGAAUGUUAAGACAACAGUCUUCAUACAAUAAAUAUACAAUACAUCGAAUAAGUUCUACCAAUCCAGCAUAUUGUGACUUAUCAAACAAUAAUCCAAUAGCGACAAGAGCGAACAUAUUAUUCAAUAUUGUUAUUCCUAAAAAAUUAUGUAUAUCCUGAAAAAAAAAAUUAUUUAUACACAUACAAAAUUUACACAUUUUUGUUAAAAAGUCGAAUUCAAAUUAAAAUUAUCUCGCUUACUUGUUUUUCAUUAUUAUACAACUGUAAAUGUUUAUAAAAAAUUAUUAAAAAAUGUAAAAUAAUAUAGACGGUUUGCCACGUUGGUAUACGAACAUUGUAUUUGAUUCUAGACGUUACCUAGAAAAAAAUAUUUCAUUUGAUAAUUAAUAUUUCGUAAGAUUUUAUUAUUUAUUUUAUUAACGUCUUAUUUAUUUUCUUUUACGUUAUAAUAUUUUAGUUAAUUGUUAUAUGUUUAGAAAAUUAAUGUCACCAUUAAUCCUUGUAUAUUUUAUAGAUGCUUAAAUACGUUUGUUCGUAAUUUAUUAACUAACUUACAUUUAUUUUAUACUUGUCAAGGCCCAAACGUGGUCCACCUGGAUACCAACUAGGACCUUUCCAUAAGACGGACAAUUUAUUUGCCGAAGAUUUCAUGCCCUUACUCUUGUUUAUCAUCGCUUUCGCAUAAAACGUCUAUAAUUAUAAUUCAAUUGAAAAGUACUAGAUGUGUAUGUAUGUGUAGCGCGUGCGCGCGUGUGUAUAUGUAUAUAUGAUUUAUGUAUGUAUAUGUGCAAUCAAGCAGUUGGACUUGUGUAAAUGCAAUUAAUGUAACCAGUAUGCAAAAACGUAUUACAUAGAAUAUGAUUAUAAAAAAAAAUAUUGUUUCGUGAAAUAAUCCAUAAAUAUUAUUAAUAAAAGAGAAAGAAAUGGGUCACUUAA